GCUGGAUCAGUUGUUCCAUCAGUGAGUUCAGGUUUUUGGCUCCUCUGUCAAAAGCCAACGGACGACUGACAGCAACAAGAUGGCUGGGGUUUGUUUGCUGGCCCUCGCUGCCGGUUUGCUGCUGAAGGUGUGUGGACUGGCAGCUGAAAUCACAGAGGAGAACACAGGGGCUGUGUUCGUGUCUCAGCAGGCGGCACACACGGUGCUGAUUCGUCAGCGCAGGUACAACAGCGGCCAUCUUGAAGAAAUAAUGCACAAGGACAAUCUGGAGCGGGAGUGUAGAGAGGAGGUCUGCUCAAUGGAGGAGGCCAGGGAGGUGUUUGAGAACAAUGAGAAAACUAUGGAAUUCUGGGCCGGCUACAUUGAUGGUGACCAGUGCAACCCACCGCCCUGCCAGAAUGGAGCUGAAUGUCAAGAUGGAAUCGACUCUUACGUUUGCUGGUGCAAACCAAACUUCGGUGGCAAAAACUGUGAGAUCGAGGUGACCAAGCAGUGUUCGGUCAACAAUGGUGGAUGCUCCCAUUUCUGUGUGAUGCAGGCGGAGCAACCGGUGUGCCGGUGUGCAACUGGCUAUAAACUCGGCCCAGACAAGCGGAGCUGUGAAACAACAGGACUAUUCAGCUGUGGUCAAGUGGACUUGUCCUCCACACCCGCCGCAAAGUUGGUCAUAACCCCUCGGGCGUCAAACGGGACAAACGCCUCUGAGAGAAGCUUGGAUUACAGUGACACCCUGCUGGACGACUACUUUGGUGACAACGCGACACAGUUGUAUGAUUACUUCGAACUCCCUAUGAACGACUCGGACCCGUUCGACAUGUCCGUGGCCCCGGCAGUGGACGUGCGUUCGGGGAGGUCAGAUUCAAGCUCCUCUAUGAAUCUAGCCGAGGUCGCCAGGAACGGCAUCGAGGCGACCGGUGUCGCCGAAACGCCCGCCGAGGAGGAGCAGCUGGACAGGUGGGCUUUCUUCCCCACGCUCCCCACCAUCACGGCCAAAGACAACACUGACCAGAGGAUUGUGGGAGGGGAUGAGGCCACUCCUGGAGAGAUACCAUGGCAGGUGACCCUGAUGUCCCCCUCAGAGGCCCUUGGGAGAGCGCAGCCCUUCUGUGGAGGAUCUCUGCUCAGUGAAUUAUGGGUCGUCACUGCGGCCCACUGUCUGGCGAAGGCCGAAAUCGCCAAGCAAGGUUUCUUCGUCAGAGCAGGUGAACAUGAUGUGAUGAAGGAUGAGGGUCCAGAGGAAGACCUCGUGGUGGCAGAGCAGCACAUCCACCCCAUGUACGAUUAUAAGAAGUCACCGUAUAACCACGACAUUGCACUGCUGAGACUCGCCAGACCAGUGGAACUGUCCAACCAACGGCGUCCGAUCUGCCUCGGCCCCAAAGACUUCACAGAGAACAUACUGAGGGAGUCCAGCGGCUCCUUGGUGAGUGGCUGGGGGCGGCGGAAGUUCCAGGGCCCCGAGGCCACCAGGCUUCAGAAAGUGGAGGUCCCCUAUGUGGACCGCACCCAAUGUAAACAGAGCAGCCGGUACCACAUCACACGCUUUAUGUUCUGUGCUGGCUUCGACACCACACAGAAGGACUCGUGCCAGGGGGACAGCGGGGGCCCGCACGCCACCAAAUACAAAGGCACUUGGUUCCUGACAGGUAUUGUCAGCUGGGGGGAGGAGUGCGCCAAGGAUGGGAAGUAUGGCAUCUACACCCGGGUGUCACGCUACUACCCGUGGAUCAGUCAGAAAACAGGGAUUCGAUUUAACAACUGACGAAAAUAGAAUCAGGCAAAGAAUACAAGCUGCCGGUCAAGACAACCGAGCAAUUUGCCUCGUUCGUCCACUGAGAAAGUGAAAGGUUUUCUUCAACUGAGACAAGUGCCAAUGUUGAUUUUUACUUUCUAAUAAAGACCAGUCAAACUA